UGCCGUAGCAUACUCUUUACUGGUGUAUGUUUAUUAUGAAUGUUUUAGAGAUUAAAUCUGUAAGUUUAGAUAGUAAAGAUCAACGAGCAUAAACAUUCAUUCUAUAAAAUUUGCGAACGAGUUGUACGCAUUUGGUGAAACGAGAUAGCAGAAAUAUGUCUUUGGCUUACUUUUUCACCUGGAUUCGGCGGUUUCAGAAAAGUGUGAUUUUUCUACUGACACCAAUACUGUUUCUCCCGCUGCUGAUAAUGGGAACUACAAAAGUCUCAAGCUGCGGUUACGUGAUUUGUCUUAUGGGCGUCUACUGGACAACUGAAGCAUGUCCUCUUGUAGUGACGUCAUUCAUGCCAAUUUUGUUGUUUCCUAUUUUCGGGAUUCAAACUGUAGAUGCGGUGUCGAUGAGUUAUAUGCGCCAUGUAUGCUUUCUCUUUCUUGGUGCUUUUGUGCUCUGCAUUGCAAUAGAAGAAUGGAAUUUACAUAGAAGAUUUGCGCUUCGGGUGUUGCUCUUUUUCGGGUCGAGACCAUGCUGGAUUAUGUUGGGAAUGAUGUUUAUUACUGGAUUCCUCUCUAUGUGGUUGAGCAACUCUUCAACGUGUGCCCUCAUGCAUCCGAUCACCGUUGCUUUAUGCAGAGAAAUUUCAACAGCAGAAAAGAAAAAAAGGUGCGAAGAGACCCAGCAGGAAGUAAAGGAAAUCUCUGACGAGGUGUUUGAACUUCCCGAAAAUACAGUCAACGCAGAAAAUAUACAAGAAACAAUUGAAUUCUUACCCGAAAGUGAUCGCAAAAACGAAACGAAGAGGGAUGAAACUCUGAUAAACGAAGAAAUUUCCAUACUCCAGGAUGAAGAAGCGAUUAAUUUGGAAAAAUCAAUGUUGCUCGCAGUAACAUAUUCUUCUACAUUUGGAGGUACAUGUACAACGGUUGGAACACCAUCAAACCUUGUGGCUAUUGGAAUUUUCGCGACAACUUUCGGGAAAGAAUCAUCAAAAGACUUGAAUUUUGUUUCGUGGUUUCUAUUUUGUCUCCCGAUGGCAAUUGUUUUUAUAUUCAUCACAUGGAUUUGGGUGCUAUUCCGGUUUCGGAAUAUUGGGCAGUUGAGAUCACGAAGCAUAAACAAAAUAUCAUCAAAACGCAUCAAGGAGAUGAUACAAGCCAAAAAUGAUAAAUUACCACCCAUGAGUUUUGGAGAAAUAUGUGUUCUUAUUCAUUUUGUUGUGUUAAUUCUGCUAUGGUUUCUACGAGAUCCGAAAAUAUUUCCUGGAUGGAAAAACUUGCUCCCAAACGGAUAUGCACAAGAUUCUACGACUGCUGUGCUAGUUGCAAUGUCAUUGUUUUUGUUUCCUUCAAAAUUGUCUUCAUUUUCGUGGAUGUGGAAAAAAAAGACUGAACAAUUUUUGCCACCUACAUCUCCCACGUUAUUAUCAUGGAACACGUUUCAACGAAAAUUUCCAUGGGAUGUGAUGCUUUUAGUGGGUGCUGGAUUUUCUUUAGCCAAAGCAUGUGUGGAUUCCGGGUUAUCAGAAUGGUUCGGCGCCAGCCUUACAACAGCACUUCAAGGAAUACCAGCGUGGGCAGUGUUGUUAGUAAUUUCUAUUACAAUAUCGUUAUUGACAGAAUUCAGCAGCAAUCUCGCGACAACCAGUGUAUUUUUGCCAAUUAUGAUGGAGUUGUCAAGAGACUUGAAUAUAAAUCCAGUGUUUAUUUUACUUAUUACAACUUUAUCCAGCUCAUUUGCAUUCUCUUUACCAAUUGCAACUCCAGCUAACGCUUUGGCAUUCACAUUCGGCUCUUUGCGCGUUAUGGAUAUGGUUACGACCGGUCUUCCACUGAAUUUCGUGUGCGUGGGAAUUCUGAAUGUUUUUGUCCACCUCACGGGUGUUCACAUUUUCCACCUGGAUGCAAUUCCUGUUUGGGCGCUGGGAAACAACACUAAUGUUACCUUUCAAAACAACACAACUGCUCAGUGGGGAAGGUAAUUCAACGAUAUGGAAAUAAAAUGAAGAGCAAAAAGAGAAUUUUUUUCGGAAAUCCAUAAUAUAUAAGAAGCCAUAAGUAUGCCUUUGUACUGGCUACUAUUCAAAAAGCAUGGCAGCGCUUGGAUGGGCGCCUUUUCCGCUGAUGGGGAACCACAGCUCUACUGUAUUUGACAAUCUGUCUGUGGCUUUGACUAUUAGUUGAACUAAGCUCGUGGUGAAAAUCUCAAUAUAUAUGCAGUUCACGUGUAUUGCACAAAACUUUGAUUUUGAAAUACAUUAAUUACAAAAGCAUCGUGAAAGUCUGACAUCAUUAUAAAAUUGAAUAAGUACAGCAUUGAGUGCAGGUGGUGAAGUCAUCAGGAAGUACCGUAAUUACCCCCUAUCAGCAUAUAUGAUGCAAAGUUGUAUACUUCGUAAAAUUUCGACGCGGUCUCCCACGCUUAGCAUUAAGUGUGAGUUUUCAACAAUUACGAAAACUCGUAAAAUAUUCCAGUAAUUUCCGAUCGUUAAAUACAAAUAUUUUGGGUAUUUGUGUUAUAUUUGUAUCAGAACAUCGGAAUUAUUUUACUUUGAUAUUAUGCUUUUGUUAAAUAUGUAAACGAAGGUACGCAUAAAAAAAAGACUACAAACGUGUUCGACCGGAAUCCCAUUUUUCAAGACCCUUAACAUGCAGAUUAAUUUGUGAAAUAUUACAAUUUGAUAAAAUAUCAAAACUUGAAAUUACAUUAUAAUUUCAUGCAUUUAUCUCGAAAAGACUCCAUUGUUUUUAUUCCCAGUAAAAGUGAAACAUUUUCCAUCAGUCUGGCUGACAUUUCAUUCCUGUUCCCUUUUCUUUUAACGCUCUGUGUUUCAUCUUUCACGAUAUCGAAACUAAACUCGUAUGGGUUUUCAAUACAUGCAAAGUCGAACGUAAUUUUUAUUAAAUCUAUGAUUUUACACAGCAGACAUGUUUGGAAGCGCUUAGAUAAUGCAAAAGUGAAAUAUUAGAAAAAAUAUCAGUACAAAGCAUGAUGUGUGUAACUUGACAUUAAGUAAAAUAUUUUUAGGCAUAUUUAGGUGAGAUUGCCAGUCGCACUAACUUG